AUGGAGGAGGAAAAAACAUCAAACAUCAAUGAGAACUUAUCUAAUAAGGAUGUACAUGUUAACAUGGGUGAAGGGAGGACCACUAUAGAAACUUCAACAAUUGGUACCACAACCUUCAAUACCACUACUAUACCACCACCUACAUCACCACUAGCUAGCUCGAUGAUUAUUCCUAUUUCCACUUGUGGGGUUUCUCCAACAUUUUUUAAAAUGAUGCAAGAGGCAAUUACAACUUUAUUUUCAUCUCAGUCAACUGAUGUUGACCAAGGUGUUCAUGAAGAAGAAAAUGAUGAUGAUUUGAUGGUUGCUUUUGCUAAUAUGCAUUUCAAUCUACAGGAAGAUGAUAUGCAUGAUAUUGCAAUAAUGUCGGGUAAACAAUUCAAAAUGCUAAACUCCAAGCUAAAUUCAAUUUUAGAAUUCUUGAAUGAUAGUGUUGGAAAGACAUAUGUUAGUGGUGUUGAGGUCGAAUACCUCUUAAAAUCUCAAGAGUCUAGCAUGUAUACUCUUAUUGAAGAUGUUGAUAAAAGAAUAGAAAAGAGAUUGGCUACUCAUUCUUGA